GUGGCGAAGGUGAGGGUGGCACCCUUGAGGUUGCAUGUGGACCAGGAUACGCUGGAUCUGUUGACGAGGUUCUUUGAGUUCAAGAAUGAGGCUGCAUUAAACGCCCGUGCUGCGCCUGCUGAGGUUGCUUUUAUCCAAAGGUUCGAGGUGUUUUCAGUUCCGGUGAAGCUGGACUACAAGCCGAAGAACGUCGAUUACGCGUCUUUAAGGUCUGGUCGGACCACGGAGUUCAUGAACUUCUUCGUCUUGGAGGAGUCGGAGAUGAUUUUGCGUCACUCGGUUCUAUACGGUAUCCCGGGUUUUUCGCGCUUGGGACAGACGUUGAAUGAUAUCUGGAUGCCGGAUAUCAAGUCGACGCAGUUGAUUGAUGUCGUUGCUGGUGUUGGGCCCGUCCGCGCAAUCGUGAAUCUUGGUGGUGGGUUGAAGGAUUUGGUCAUGCUCCCCAUUGCCGAACACAAGAAAGAUGGUCGGAUCGGGCGGAGUGUCGGAAAAGGCGUCGUCGCAUUCGCCAAGACGACUACGUCCGAAGCAAUCAAGUUGGGAGCGAAGCUGGCGGUGGGAACGCAGGUUAUGUUACAGCAUGCAGAGGAGAUGUUG